CUCGAAGGAUCUGACUUCUUUAGACUUCUUGGACCAGAGACACAUCCCGGCACUCGCGAGUUCUGCACGCGGUUUAAUCGCGUCUCCAUGAAUCUUGAGGAUAUUGGCGCUUUUACUGGGAUAAGGAACUUGUAACUUAGGAAAGGUUUCUGAAAUUUGGGGAACGGCUGGGAUGAACCGCACGUGGUUGCUGGUCCUUUUGGGACUGCUGGAACUCUGCUAUGGCUUGCAAUGCCCAAAGCAGAAAAUAUCACCAGGCAGAGAAGUGGUCUGCUACACUUCCGUUUCCGACGUGUCCGAGCUAACCGAGGCCGUCUGCAAAUGCACCACCCUGGUGCAGCAAGGUUAUGACGUGCAAAAUCUUUCGAUUUCCGAAUUUGAAGACUUUCGGAAAUCGCUGAAAGAAAUCAAUCCUGCACUGCAAUUCGUGAUCUCUGUUGACGACCCUGGGAAGACCCUGAGGACUUCCGGUACGGUUCGUCAGGAGAUCACUGCACGUCUCAGUGGUAUUUUGAAAGAGGUCGAUGGAAUCGAGCUGAACAUGACUGCAGGUUCCAAGGAACGUUUAGUGCACUUCAUCAAGGGUUUAAAAGACGAAAUGGUGAGGAAAUCGUACGACACGAGGAUCUUCCUGGUCCUUCCCACAAAACCAGAAGGACUAGCGAAGCAGUUCGACCUGAAAGAACUAUCCAAGUAUGUGGAUCUAUUUACGAUUCCAACGCACUACUUGGUCGAAGACGACGAGGCCUACCGAACCUUCCAUCCCUCUCGACUGAUGGGUCUCUUCGACAUGUUCAACGCCGACAAUCUGAUCGACUUAAUAAGCGGAUUGGGAGUGCCAAAGCGAAAAAUCUUGGUGUCACUGCCAUCCAACGCGUACGAAUUCACUCUGAAGGAUCAGGACGAUAAUGCUCCAAGGGCGCCGACUGAAGACAUGCAACCGGUUAUCAUUGAUCAGAAACAGUUGUGCGAUCUGAUGAAUCAAGGUGAAUGGACGGUCGAAAGGGACGAGGAUCUGACUGCGCCGUAUGCGUUCAAGAAUAAAACCUGGAUCGCGUUUGAAGAUAAAAUUUCUGUCAGCAUAAAGGGAAAAUAUGCGCUGAUUCGGGAUCUACCUGGACUUGCAAUAAGAGAUAUAGAGAACGACACCGAAACGACGUGUGGAAAGCCACUGACGUAUGAACUCAAUCAUUCGUUCAUGGACUUCAAGAGAAAAACGAGGGCUGCUGUUUUGGACGCCCUGGAAGAUGAUUUACAUCAAACCGAGCUGUCCUAUCCUACAAAAGUCAGGUCAUCCGAUUUUCGGGUGGUACGUGUGGUGGACACCGAAGGACACAUCAGGGCGGUUCGUGAGAACACCCAAACUGAAUUUGUCUGCUCGAGACAGGGCUACUUUGUUCAUCCAAAGAGUUGCAACAGAUUUUACCGAUGCGUCAAAUUCAACCAAGAAAUCGAAGACUACUCUGUUUUCGAGUUCGACUGUCCAGCAGGUCUGGCGUUCGAUGAAACUACAGAGGUCUGCGUCUGGCCAGGAUCACUGUCUCAAGGAUCUCCCUGUCCGGGAAGCAGCGAAAUUGCACCGGUAGCUCGAGUAAGGUUCGAAUGUCCUUCAACACCAGGAUAUUAUGCCGACCCACAGAAUCCGAGAUGGUUCUUCGCCUGUAUAGACCUAGGAGGUCCACAUAUGAUGGCGUACGAAUUCCGUUGUCCAUUCGGUCUCAUCUUCGACGAACACAAAUUGGUUUGCGAGUGGCCUUGGUUGGUGGAAGGUUACACUGGCAGUGGCUACACGAGACUUGAUUAUGGACAUGGAGGAUAUGGUACUGGAACUACUCCGGGUACUGGCGGGUAUUAUACGGGAGCAUUGCCUGAUGGAUUCACGGGAUCUACGGGUGGAUAUCAUGGAGGAUAUCAGGGUGGAUCAGGGUAUCAAGGAGGACAGAAGGGUCACGGUGGAUACCAAGGUGGUUCGACAGGUCAUGGUGGAUACCAAGGAGGAUCGACAGGGCAAGGUGGAUAUCAAGGAGGAUCGACAGGUCAUGGUGGAUACCAAGGAGGAUCGGCAGGUCAAGGUGGAUAUCAAGGAGGAUCGACAGGUCAUGGUGGAUACCAAGGAGGAUCGACAGGGCAAGGUGGAUAUCAAGGAGGAUCCACAGGUCAUGGUGGAUACCAAGCAGGAUCGACAGGUCAAGGUGGAUACCAAGGAGGAUCGACAGGUCAUGGUGGAUACCAAGGAGGAUCGACAGGGCAAGGUGGAUAUCAAGGAGGAUCGACAGGGCAAGGUGGAUAUCAAGGAGGAUCGACAGGGCAAGGUGGAUAUCAAGGAGGAUCGACAGGGCAAGGUGGAUAUCAAGGAGGAUCGACAGGGCAAGGUGGAUAUCAAGGAGGAUCGACAGGGCAAGGUGGAUAUCAAGGAGGAUCGACAGGGCAAGGUGGAUAUCAAGGAGGAUCGACAGGGCAAGGUGGAUAUCAAGGAGGAUCGACAGGGCAAGGUGGAUAUCAAGGAGGAUCGACAGGGCAAGGUGGAUAUCAAGGAGGAUCGACAGGGCAAGGUGGAUAUCAAGGAGGAUCGACAGGGCAAGGUGGAUAUCAAGGAGGAUCGACAGGGCAAGGUGGAUAUCAAGGAGGAUCGACAGGGCAAGGUGGAUAUCAAGGAGGAUCGACAGGUCAAGGUGGACAUCAAGGAGGAUCGACAGGUCAAGGUGGAUAUCAAGGUGGAUCGACAGGGCAAGGUGGAUAUCAAGGAGGAUCGACAGGUCAAGGUGGAUAUCAAGGAGGAUCGACAGGGCAAGGUGGAUAUCAAGGUGGAUCGACAGGUCAAGGUGGAUAUCAAGGUGGAUCGACAGGUCAUGGUGGAUACCAAGGAGGAUCGGCAGGUCAUGGUGGAUACCAAGGUGGAUCGACAGGUCAAGGUGGAUAUCAAGGUGGAUCGACAGGCCAAGGUGGAUACCAAGGAGGAGUGAAAGGACAAGGUGGAUACCAAGGAGGAGUGAAAGGUCAUGGUGGAUACCAAGGAGGAUCGACAGGUCAAGGUGGAUAUCAAGGAGGAUCGACAGGAGUGAAAGAUCAAGGUGGAUCGUCUCAUGGAACGACAGGCUACCAAGGAGGUGUCUACCACGGUUCAUCAGGUGCUGGGUCAACUGUCACAAUAGGCACAGGAUCAGCUGGUGUUGGCUACACCGCAUCAGGCCACGCAGGAAGCGGCUACUCAGGAUCCACCGGAGGAAGUCAAGGAACCGUACAUGGUCAAGGAUCAACAGCUUACUCUGGAACCACCGGAAGCGGCUAUUCUGGAUCAACAAGUCAUGGAUACUCAGGAGGAGCAUAUGGUGGAUCAACCGUCAAACCAGUGACUGACGGAUAUUAUGGAGGUGGAAAGGGAUCAAAUACCGGCUAUUACGGAUCAACAAGUGGUACAGGAUACUCAGGCUCAGAUAAUAACGUAUGGACGGGUGGCCAGGCAUCCACUGGUAGUGGUGGCAAUGUAUAUGCAGGAGCAACAGGUAUAGCACACGCUGGUACGGGAUACACAGCAGGUGCUGGACACUCUGGAAGCGGAGUUUAUGGUGGUGCAGCUGGAACGGGUCAUGGUGCAUCUGGAACAAGUUACACUGGGUCCACUGAUACGGGAUAUCAAGGAACUGGAGUUCAUGGAUCUGGGGCAGGUGGAUCUACUGGUGGAUAUCAGGGAUCAACUGGUGGUCAUGGAGGAUCUGGAAUAAGUUAUACUGGAUCUAAUGCUGGAGGGUAUCAAGGAUCAACUGGUCAUGGAGGAUCUGGAAUAAGUUAUACUGGAACUACUGCUGGUGGAUAUCAAGGAGGAGUUCAUGGAGGAUCUGGACCAGGUUAUACAGUAGCUCCAACUGGAGGAUACCAAGGAUCAACUGGUGGUCAUGCAGGAUCUGGAAUAAGUUAUACUGGAUCUACAGCUGGUGGAUAUCAAGGCGGAGUUCAUGGAGGAUCUGGACCAGGUUACACAGUGGCUCCCACUGGAGGAUAUCAAGGAUCAACUGGUAGUCAUGCAGGAUCUGGAAUAAGUUAUACUGGCACUACUGCUGGAGGAUAUCAAGGAUCAGUUCAUGGAGGAUCUGGACCAGGUUAUACAGUAGCUCCUACUGGAGGAUACCAAGGAUCAACUGGUGGUCAUGCAGGGUCUGGAAUAAGUUAUACUGGAUCUACAGCUGGUGGAUAUCAAGGCGGAGUUCAUGGAGGAUCUGGACCAGGUUACACAGUAGCUCCUACUGGAGGAUACCAAGGAUCAACUGCUCAUGGAGGAUCUGGAAUAAGCUACACUGGAUCUACAACUGGUGGAUAUCAAGGAGGACAUGGAGCAUCUGGACCAGGUUACACAGUAGCUCCUACUGGUGGAUAUCAAGGUGGCGUGAAGGGAGGAGUGAAAGGUGGAGUGAAGGGAGGACAUGGCCCUGGAAUUCAACCAGGUUACGGAUCCACAUCACCCGGAUCUGGAGGUGUCGAUUAUUCUGGCCAAACCGGAACAAAGUAUUCUGGAUAUGAUGUGAGUCAUGGUGGAUCUACGUUUACUUCUGGAGGUGGGGUACAGUACACUGGGUCGACAGGCAGUGACGGACAAGUUCCCGUCUCCACGUACGUGCAAAAACCAGAUGGACCACGUUACAAUUGUAUCUCCUGCUCCUCCACUCCAUCUCCAGGCCAGACCUAUGGUUACCAUGGUGUUUCCGGAUCUGGAUCAACCGUUUAUCAAGGUACCAAUGGAUACUACAGUAACACCACUCUUGGUCACACACCUUCCGGAGGUCCAGUAUAUCACAUAACACCUUCUGAUUAUGGAUUUGGAGAAGACAGUACUCUGACAGGACAUGUCCAAGGAUCAGUUGGAGGCUCUGUAGGAACAGUCACUUAUGGACACACAGGCACCCUAUCAGGAUCCUCCCAGCAAGGAACUGUCGUAACUGGAGGUAGCUAUCCAGGAUACACUACACCUGGAUACGUCGGAGUGAAGACCGUCUACCCUGGCGCAUCUAGCCACGGAACCAUAGUAUACGGGACGCCAUCAACUGUCCUGGUAACUGGUGCACCUGGUGCAGGUACUUUCGUGAAAGAACAAACAAGUCCCGGUAUUGUUCUAACUGGAACAACUCCUCUGCCAUUCGAUCAGACAGUCAGCGGUCAUCAUUUCGGCCAAACAGGCUACGGAGGUGUCACAGGUUCCUACGGAACUAAAAUUGGAAAGGUACCUGACACCGGGUACAAGACGAACGAGUACCACGAUAAUGGAGGACGUGGUACCAUCAGGUUCAACAAUGGAGAUGUGACCACUAAAUACACGGAGAACGAUAUUCCAGAUUAUAGACCAGCUGGAGGUACAAUUAUUCCCGAUACGUUAUUAAAUGGAGGUACAUCCACACCGAGAGGGUUCUCUAAGACUGAGCCCACCCAGACAGGUUAUACAAAGGCCACUGUAGGUGGCAGCGGCAGUUACGUAGUCGGUUCCAUAAAAACAAGACCCACACCACGACCUGACAAUAUCGGCGAGAAGGCCUUCGAGGGUAACGUGGCGGGAUACACGAAAUCGUCCACCGAAAGUAGCGUCAAUACCUACACGUCUCCAUCUAAGUACCCGUCUGGACAGAUCGAUACCUCAAGAAUAACCUUGGGUCCAUCAAAGUCCUCCGGCUACGAGUACCCUGCACCGAAUGUUCCCUUCGACACGGGUGUCACAUCAUCUAUUGGAUCCAUCUCCCCGACAGAGGGCAACGUUUUCACUGCAACAACCCCGACACCAUUCUUGAACGUCGAGGUGUACAAUUCCCCGAAGUUCGCUAGCUCUACUCCUAGAGUAGACACCUAUCAGAAACCUGGCUUCGGUCAGUCGACCGUCUCACCACUGUUCACGACGGGUCCUCUUGAAAAUUACAAGACGACUGCUUUUGAUGCGGCUAAGAUUCCGUUUGCGACGUCCUCAGUCCGACCUGUGCUGGAUACAGGUUACAAGACCAUUAUAUCCUCGACUCCGGUACCGGUGACCAUAAGUCACGAUCAGUUCAGCGGAUCUGGUGAUCAGUUCGAAUAUGGAACGAAACAGGGAUAUGGACGAAAGGAUGGUUCUAGCACACCGUCUUCAGUGUUUCAGGUGCCGUCGGACAAACCACAGACUCAGUAUCUACCCAGCAGCACCAUCUCCCCGGCCGUCGGAGUAACCUACAGGAAGCCGUUCACGAUAUCGACCGUCACCCCUGCAGUUUCAGGCUACUCUCCCAAAGACGACGCCGGUAAACUAAUCACGAAUUACAGGGGAACGACCAGAUACGUCCCCAGCCAGUACGACGUCUAUUCUACUGGAUCAGUCAGCGGAUCCAGCGUAGGACAAGGUUACACAGUCCAGAAAACGCAGACACCAUUUGCUGUGGGAACUUACUCAAAGCCUUCGCUAACUUAUCAAUCCACUGCCAAAUCCACAGCCGUAGGUGGAGGCAAGGUAAUCGUCAAAUGGAGCGACCUUCAUCCUCUGCUUCUGGGUAAACUUGGAGCGGAAUGCACCUGCCGAGGAGAUCCCUUCGCCAACCUCCGAGGACCAGGUUCCAAGUUGAUCAACUCCUCCAAAGGCAAGGUGGACUUGUCCAACUACGACGAGUCCGAAAUCUACGUCGACCUUGAAAAGGACGGCUCCUACGAGCAGCAGGAUUACAUAACCAAUUCUGAAACACCACCUGGUCCUAUUAAAAUCUGGGACGAAGAUAUAGCUGCCAAACUGUCAUCAGAGUCUCAACAGAAAGUGUCCACCACAUAUUUGCCAAGUGACACUCCGAACCUGGGUGUCCGAGCCAACGUGGCCUCCCAAAACCUAAUCGGCGGAUUCAGCCAUGGUUUCACUGCCAAUUACAGGUCCGGAAAGAGUCUGCAUAUUGAUUCUUCAGAUAAGCAGAUUGUGGAGCAACCUGCGUUCGGGGACUCUGAAGAGGUCAUCGACGGUGCCACUAAUUGUGCCAGACCCGGUCUGUUCCGGCAUCCUAACUUCUGCAACAAGUUCUACGCUUGCCAUUGGGACGAGUGGAAGAAGAAGUUCACGCUACACAUGUUUAACUGCCCGGUGCAUUUAACCUUCGACAACGGCGCGAACGCCUGCAACUGGCCCAGCAUGGGACCCGCAUGUCAGGACGAUAAUUUGUUAGUUUAGACGGUUGCUUCAGUUUGGACACGCUGUGCUCUCUCUGUUGAAUGGAUUCUCUUAGCUUUUAAUUCCUCUUUUGAAAGUUGUGGUUUAGAAUCAGAAAAUUUGGUAUCUGGAAUUUUAGUUUGCAUUUAAUGGCUUGUUUGAAUUUAUCUCAUGGGUUGCUGCGGUUUUGCGGAAUUUUUAGAUGGGGAAAGGAUAGUGAGAAAGAAUGAGAAGGCCGAGGCUUAAUUAUAACGGUGGUUUGCAAUUUCUUUGCAUACCACUGAAACCUUCACCCGAGCAGUAAGAGAAUGCUUUCUCGAGGUAACGAGACAAAGACGAAGAAAGAUCCAAGGCGAUCGAGGUGCCACCACGCGAAAGCACAGUGUGUCCAGAGUGAAAGUCAAACUGUGCUCGACGAUCCAAAUCGUUAGUGAUUGGAUACAGUCGGAUCAUUGUAAAUAACGUUCCCUUUCCCUCGAAAUUUGUAAAUAACGACGCGUUAUAUACCCCUGUUAAAAUGAUGACAAAAGACCACUGGUAGACGCUGACGGAUUUAGAUCAUUUAAUGUUAAAUUUUGCAACUUAUAUCUAUUGGCGAUCCACUGGUAGACGCUGAGGGAUUCAGAGCAUCAUUUGAUAGUAAUAUUAAAUUCACUUGCAAUUUGCAACUUAUAUCUAUCAGGUUCGGAUCACUGGUAGACGCUGGAGGAUUCAGAGCAUCAUUUGAUAGUAAUAUUAAAUUUUCUUGCAAUUUGUAAUUUAUAUCUAUCAGGUUCGGAUCACUGGUAGACGCUGAAGGAUUCAGAGCAUCAUUUGAUAGUAACAUUAAAUUUUCUUGCAAUCUGUAAUUUAUAUCUAUCAGCUCCGAUCCACUGGUAGACGCUGGAGGAUUCAAAUCAUCAUUUGAUAAUAAUAUUAAAUUCUCUUGCAAUUUGCAACUUAUAUCAGCUCCGAUCCACUGGUAGACGCUGAAGGAUUCAGAGCAUGAUUCGAUAGUAACGUAAUACUCCCACAGUUUGUAAUAUCAUCUAAUAUCUGACUAAACGUAUUUGUAUUGUAUAUAAUUACGACAGGUGUAUAAACGUGUGCAGGACAUGCACCCUAUUCGUUAAUCCUCUAUCCUCGUGCUUCAAGUUUAUUCUAAUUUUUAUGUGUUAGCUUGCCUUGAUUCUGUGUUCAUCUCGUUCCUAUCUUUCCACUCGCUUCUUGACGCAGUUUAUUUAUUUACAGCUUAUCUGUAGGUAUUUGUAAGAACCUUUGUAUUCUCGUUCGCACAGUUUGGAAUCGAUCAGUGCCAUCUUAUCGUGGUUAUCUAACGAAUAUGUAAUAUGUACGAAUCUAGAAUAAACAUAGUAAGGCGUGUCAA